AUGCAUGCAGGAGACAAAUUGAACGGACUCGUGCUUGUUCAAUUACCCGUCGCAGCUUACAUCUUUGUAGCCAAUGAUGUCGGACUGAAGAGGAAGCCUUAUGCGGCGUGUAGGUCUGGUUUCUCAAUCCGCGCGAUCAUGCCCCAGGCGAAGCGCUCUGCAAUGAGGCUGGGCACUGGCUUCGUCUUGAGUCUAUCUGUUCUCUUGGCUCGCUCACAGUCAACUCAUACAGUUUCCGUAGGCCAGUUCUACGAGCCUCCUUUGAUCUCUGCUUUACAAGGGGAUGUCGUCCAAUUCCUCUUCACUGCAGGUCAUCAUGGCGUUACUCAGGCUUCAGGUGUCGCCAAUCCCUGCUCUCAACUCACCGGAGGGUUCAACAGUGGAAUUAUUGGAGGUUUCGUAGCAAAUGCCACGAACCAACCUCCGACUUGGAGCUUGACUAUUACCAAUGCUUCUGCUCCGAUCUUUUUCUACUGCGCGGCAACUCUUCCGUCCUUCCACUGUGCCAAUGGGAUGCUGUCAUCCCCAUUUUUAAGUGCUAUUAAUGCCGAGCCGGAUGUAUAUACGUCCUAUUCUUUAGCGGCAAAAAGCGUAACCGGAACUCCAGUACAAACCUCGAGUGUCGUGAUUUCCGGGGUCGGAGCCGUAGCGACUGCUACUCCGUUCACGCCGACUCCGACUGGACUUCCGGCAACGUCGACGACGUUGUCUUCUGGCAUUCCUUCAUCCACGUCAGAAUCUAGCUCUCCACUCCCCUCAGAGACUUCUGCCACAUCGAGUAAAUCAUCCAGUAAAGGUGCCGCUAUUGGCGGAGGCGUUGGAGGCGCUGCAGCCGUCGUGAUCAUCGCCCUCUUGGGCGUUUGCUUGUACCGAGCGAAGCGCCAGCGUACUACCGGUUCAAAUCCACCAUUCUCACCUGAAGCGAGGGAGAAGUUCAAUAUUCAUAGUCCGCCGAUGACCCCUCCAGGGCUUCCUAUGAAUAAUUCAUAUCAAAGGGAUCCGUUUUCAAGCCCGGUACUGGCAGCAUCUCUUCGUCACAAUCGAAGUGUCGGUUCUGUUGGAUUGUCGAACAUGGAGGGUGGCCCUAUGCCGGUUGGAGGGAACUACGGUCACCAACGUAUGGUGAGCGAGCAAAAUGACAACGCGCACUUCCGUGCUACGACGUACACUCAAGGGUCGUCAUUGUCUGGAUCUCUUUCUGAACCUCCUUCUGGUGGUCAUCCUGGUCGAGAAUUUGGCCAGAGAAGUGCGGAUUCUGCCAAUACGACAUUCCAGCCUCAGCCUCAAUACUCACCAGGCGUCCAAGGUAACUACGUAAACGCCCACGAACUCGCAAAAGAAGUAGCAACAAUCCUCGGCCCUCACUUGCGCAACGCCAACACACCACCACCACCGAUUUCUCCUCCACCUCAACAUCGUCGUGCCUUACCGAAUCCUCACGGUUUGCCGGCUCAUGACGACGAACAGCCGCCAACAUCGCCAGCUCCGCCCAAGUACGAUUCUUAUGACGGUCAUCAGUGA